GUCAGAAGAACAGCAAAACAAGACCAAAGUCUUGAAGUAUCUCAACUUAUGGCAGCAGAAGAGUGAAAAUAAGACCUAGUUGGUACUCUUGACAAAGAUUCAAAUGGCUAGGCCUAGGAAGCGUUCACCAGAGAAACCAUCAUUUUUCAAGAUCCUAAUUGGUGACUUCUCUCAGCGUCUGCGUAUACCACCUAAGUUUAUUAAGAACUUCAAUGGGCAAUCACUUCGCAAAUGUGCUCUUAGAGGCCCUAGUAGACAAUGGUGGGAUGUGAAAUUGGAAGAGAGAGAGAAUAGCUUGUUCUUCCGUGAUGGUUGGCAGGGUUUUGUGAAAGAUCAUGUUUUAGAAUUUGGGGAUCUUUUGGUUUUUAGUUACAAUGGCAAAUCAAAGUUUAAGGUCAAAAUCUAUGAUAGAAGUGCAUGCGAGAAGAAUGUAGAAGUAGCCGAGAGAAGAAGUGGUAGUCCAGUUUCUUUGGUGAACAAAGGAAAUCAAGCUCAAGUGAAGGAUGAAAUUGUUGAGCUUGACACUGAAGACUGCGAAAACAAAACGAUCGAUUCCAACAGAAGAAGUUGCAAAUAUCCCAUUUCUGAAAAGAGGCCUAUAAGUUUUUGUGUACAAGAAACAUCAACUGGAUCCAUCUUGUUCAAAUCAGAGAAUCCAUGUUUCCUAGUUUGUUCGAGGAAGCAGCAUUUACUAUAUCGUGUGACGAUUCCGAAUGAACUAGCCGUAGCUGAAGGCCUUAGGAGGAGAGAUGCUGUCAUGCUUCAAGAUCCAACUGGGAGAUCAUGGCUUGUUGAACUUAGAGUGGAAUACCGUAAUCGUUUGGACAUGGCAAUAGGUUGGACAGAAUGUCGUAAAGCGAACCAAAUUUCACCUGGGGACUCCAUCAUUUUUGAGCUUGUCAAGCAAGGUGUAAUGCAAUUUCAUAUUUUCAGAGUAGCAGUGGGAGGCAAUAGGUUAUCUGUGAUAACUGCUGCCCCUAAUGUUAAAAAUUAAAGCUCGUUGAUGCUUUUUUCAAAUGUUGAGACUGCAGAAUUUGGGUAAAGGAUGAUCUUAUUUGAUUCCCCAACCACUCUUCUAUUGCUUUCUUUGGGUAGGUCUUUGAGACCCUGUGCCACCACAAGAAGUAAUCCUUGUUAAUGUGCAAAAUAGAACUAGACUU